AAAGUAUUUAAUUGAUGAGUUAUUUUCAAUUUACUGUGUGAAAUAACAUUAAAAUCACACUUGCUUGAAUUUUAAAAACUCAUUGAGUAUUUCAACGUAUUAUAAUUACUACUAUAGUAAUGGAAAUCGCAUAAUAUAUAUUGAUCUUAACUCAUCAAGCAACAUUUCCGCAAUUCAUAGUGAGUUCAAAUUAAAAGACUCACAUCACAUACAUUGCCGAAACGCGGUACGAAGCUUAUAAAAUAAAAAGAGCCGGCGAGUGACGAUUUAUCCCAGAGUGAAGUUUCAAGUCGCAAACAAUGGCAUAUCGCUAUAAUCUACCUCGAAGGAAACAAGAAAUCAUCGAUUUUUUUAUUAUAGUAUUUGCAACAAAACAUGAAAAUAAUUGACAUUUUUCAUUUUUAUUUCUCAUCGCUGGUAACGAACUCCGUUGCCGAUUUUUCGUUGCAACGUAAACACAGGUGUACAGGUUAUGACCCACGUAUACUUAGAUGCGCUUUCGGUUGCAGACUCUACAGUAUGCAGUCGUCAAACUCUUGCGGUCUGCCAACACCUGAUACACCAUGACUCGAUAAAAAUUAAAUGAAUUUUACUAUAUAGCUAUAGAUAGAGGCUACUUUCUGAUAAGCCUCAUUCUGCACUAAUGUUGCAAACCGUGCAUAUCACAUAUAAUUUCCAGUCGUCAUUCUUAACUAGUUACAGCAAGUCAUUCAGAAUCAAUUGUCCAAAAUAUUAUCAUCAUUGAAUAACAACUUUUAUCAAUUUAUUAAUUCAGUUUUUUAAAUAUUUCAAAAUGAACGCCCUUAUUCAAAGUGUUCUUAGCAACUCAAGUGUAAAUCUUUUGACACAAUUCAAAAAGAUUCUUGCGAUGGACUAUCACUUUGAUGAUAAUCCACAAUUGGAAGAGUUUUUUGAUUAUGAAUCAAGGAUUAUUGCCAACAAACAUCUACCCUUUUCUCAAGAACUAGACAAUGUUGCCAGUGACAUUUUUGCUAAUAUCAAAGCUAACAUGGGAAGAUGUGCAUUACUUCAGGAUAUUUAUCCUGGUUGUAUUUACUGGUCUCAAGCAUUACUAAAAUAUGUGCUACUUUAUGGCUAUAAAUUUGAAAAAAUUGACCACAUAAAUUUGGUAAAAUUAACAUAUGAACUAAUGUUGAUUCCUGAACUUCAAUAUUAUAAUGUUCAUAGAUUUGGUAUGCUAUUAUAUGCUCUUCUCAGAAAAAAAUCAUUUAUUUCUCCUGAUGAAUUAAAAUUAGAGUGGAAACCUUUAUAUAAAUUGUAUGAAUUAAUUUAUGAUCCGGAAUUAGAAGAAAAAAGAAUGUUUAGAACAGUUCCAGAAGAGCUGAAGCAAGAUUUUUCAUACUUUGUUAAAGUAGCCAAACGAUAUUUUCCACUAACAGCAACUAAAGAAAUAUUGAAUGAACUGCGACCAAGAUUAUAUUUUUUAAAGUCGGAGACUUUGCAAUACGUUAUAAAAGCAUUUGUAACAUUUUUACCUACACAAGUCAGUGUUGAGCAUCAUUCCAUCAGUCAUGAAUUAUGGCUACAUGAAGUUAUGAAAAUAUGGAGCGUGUGCCAUAGUCUGGAUUGUUGUAGUGAAUUCUGGCUUUUAAUAGGAAAUUUAGCAUACGAUAAUAUCGGAUAUAUUGAUUGGAACCCCUACAUACCAUUUUUGUUUAACUCUAUAAUAAAAUCAGCUAAAUUACCAAUUCAUUACAAAAUUAGUUCUUCACAACCUCAUAGUUCAGAAAACCAUACUAUUGGUGUACAAAUUGGCUUUGGUAAAUGGAUGGCCUCGAUUUGGGGAAACAACAUAGAAGCUCAAUUUUAUUUUGAAAAGUUUUUAAAAUUAACUGAGACUCAUUUGCAUGCUGCAAAUUGUGGACCUGUUACCGAUUGGCUAAUUCACUUAUGUUAUGAAAUAACAAAAUCGUUCGAACAUCGAAUUUUCAAAGAACGCAGUGAUAAAAAAAAAAGUCACCAAAAAGUACCAGACAGCCAUAAAUUGACCGAUGCAAAUAUUGACUCUUUUGUUACAAUUUUUCUAUCCUACGUAAUGAAAUCCAAUGAUAGUUUAAAUAUCGCGGUGAAUGCAAUUUUUACAAAACUUGGAAAGAUACGACCUAACUUAGUAAUCUCAGCUUUGCUGGAAGAAUUUUACCAGAAUAAUGAAUGUCAAAUUGAAAAACAUCAGAUGAUGAAAGCUGCACUUCUAUUCCAUUCAAUAUCAAAACCAAUGCUGCAAGGAUCGAGAAAUGCAAGUACAGAGUAUACUUAUGCCGAAGGGCCGGAGAAAGUUAUACCGCUGAUUUAUUCUUUCUUGCCUGGACUUAUUGGUACUACCGAUAUUUUUACAACCAUAAUGACGUCACGAUUGUUGACAACAUUUUUUGAGUUUAUGAUCAUCGCUGACUGUUCAAAAUCAAACGAGAUGAUUCGAGAAAACGAAUGUCAACUACGUCAAGAUACAUCUCAAUUGGAAGAUUUAGUUCUCGAAAUUUUGGAAAAAAUUUUUUCAAUAAUCGACAAAAGCUCGUUAGAAUGGGUUGCCACGGAUCAAUCGAGAGAGAAUGAUCUUAAUAAUUUCGAAGACAUUGCAAUUGAUAAAGUUUUCGAAAUGAUUUAUGCCAUGCUGAUGAAUUGCAGUUCAGCAAUAUUUAAAAGUGCUUUAAAAAAAUUUACUGAAUUUGUUUUGAGUAACACGUUUACCUCCAAAGUAUCAAUACGCUCGUGUUGUGAACUAGCUGAUCAUUUUGUUAGAGUCAAUGCCCAUGAAACUCAAAAAGCUCUAUUGCCUAGUCUUAUGGAUGAGAUACUGUCCAAUGAUCAUACAGAAGAACAAAAUGAAUUUCAUUCGAGCCCUCGGUUAAAUUUCUGUUUAUCUUUACUCCAAUGUCUGGUUGUAGGAAAAGAUCUCACUUCUUACAUAGAAACUCUCGAUAAGGGGCUGGACCAAGUUAUUCACUUUCGCGGAAAAGGGGCUUCUAAAUUAGGAUGCGAAUUAUUAACAAACGUAUUUGAUUCGUUGACGGAUGAACUUGAUUUAGGAAUUGAGAGAAAUCUAGAUAAUCCUAAUUAUCCUUAUUGGCGAGAUUGGGGCAUCAGCGUCGAUCUUGAAAAUGUGAAAAAGCUUUGGUCUAUACCUGGUGAAGCGGAAUUUUCAGUCGUCGAAAAAUUAUUUUUCAAACAUUUCAAUCGGGUGAUUUCAGUUUUUGAAGAAUACAUACAAGAAAAUGAAACUGUUACUAGAAUAAAACUUCAAACGAAUUUAAGAAUUAUUCUAGCAGCGAUAGUAGGAUGCAAGAACAUUCUUCCAAUGUGGUCUGAAAAGCCUUUGAUUAUAGAAUCUUACCAAUCGUGCUCACCUGUAUUUGAUUCAACUCAAAUUUAUCCUUCAAGACAAAUUACUAUGCCAAAUGGUGACAAUGUGAGACAAGUUCUAACAAAAAUAUUAACAAAUUUGCAAAUGGCUAUGAUAAAACGUGAUGAGAAUGAUACCGAAAGUUUGAUGCUUUUGUGUAAUCUGUGGUAUGAAAUCCUGCGCCACGAGAGAAGUGAUAUUUUUGAUAUUCGAGAAGAACUGUUAGCAGUUUCAUCAGAAAGAAAGAAAAAUGAGAAUGUUUUAGCUAAUGAUAAGGGAUAUUCGUGUGUUCGGUUUAUCGAGUUGGUAACGCAACAAAAACUAUAUCACCGGAGUUGCACUCAAUUCUCUCUGACAGAAACUACCAAAACUGUUAUGCUCCAAAUGUUUGAGCUUUGUGUAAGUCGUUAUGAAACAGUUCGUCAAUUAGCUCGUGAACAUCUUGCAGUCAUAAUCAAUUCUUAUCCUGGAUCGCAUCGCAUAAUUAUUCCUCGUAUGUUAGAAAUAAUUAGCACCAUCUCAAAAGAUAAUUUACACGCCUUUGAGGGUAUUUUAGACAUAUUGUCAAAUGAUGACCAUUCUCUGGAGAUGUUCUCUAUAUAUGAUUGGAAAAUUUAUACAGAUUUGUUUCCAGCUUUAGUUUCCGCUAAAGUAAUAGAAUAUGAUUCGAUUAUCAAUAAGAGAAACGAGUUGUCGAAUAAUUUGUUGACAAUAGAGAUGUUACGUUUUGAUGUACGUACGACUGACAACUGUCGGGAUGUUGCUGUAUUGAUGUGGGAGCAUGGAUUGCAGCCAAGUUUACCAAAACCGAUACACGAUGAAAUGAGCCAGAGUUUGAUUAAAUGUAAUCAACAUGAACAAAAUGUUCUAACUGAAUUUCGUCGAGUUAUAGAAAAUCUUGCAAUGCCGGCAAGAAAUAAACAGCUUCAAUGGUCACGUCGGGAAUUCGCUCUAAAGUGUUUGCUUGUACUUGGAAAUCGUGAUGUUAUUCCAAUGGCGAUUGAAAUUGAAUGCGUAUUGGACGUUUUAAAGGACGAUUCAUUUAAUUUAAGACCUCUAGCUGUUAUGUGGAUGAUAGGUGCUCUUUAUCGUUUAAGACCGAAACCUUCGAAGGUAACGAUUGACAUUCCAACGAAAGAAAAAAAUUUGAUACCUGGACGCAGAUCUGACAACGAAUGGUUACAAUUUAAACCUGAAAAUCAUCCUAUAAAUAGUGAACAAUGGAAUGAACCUCGUUACUCAGACAAAAUUUAUGUAGGAUAUUACACGUGGCCGCAACGUCUUGAACUUGAAGUACCAUCAUUUCAAAAAUGUGAAAAGUAUAAACUCUCUGACCAAGAGAGGGUAAUUCACAAUUUUUUCAACGACGAGAAUAAUAUCAACCAACUAAUCGAAAUUUGGCAGCACGAUCUAGAUACGCUAAACGAGCAUUUAUUCGAGAUUUCCAAUAUGUUAAAAUACAUAUUUUCUGUUUGCGGAGAUGCUUUUUUAACACAAUUUUUAUCUCAUCUCGAAAAACUGGUCGAAAAAAAGUCUAAUGUGCAGUUCACUGCUUCUACAAUUUUUAAAGGUAUUGUUUUAGGAUCAAAAUAUUGGACGUUUGAGAUGUCUCAAAAUAUGUGGAAACUUUUACUGCCAAUAUUUAAAAAAGCUGUGAAAAAUUUAACUCCGGAAACGUCUCCAGUGUGGGAUGAAUGCGUAAUGAGUAUAGCUAAUGAAAUAGAUCCUAAUCGAUUGCAUUGGUUUUUUAAUGCCAUUUUUGAAGAAUUUGAUGCUCCGACAGGUAAUACUUUUGACGAGUCUGUCAAGCAUAAUUUAGUACAGGACAUAAUUCAUAAGCAAGCUUGGCGAAUGGCAGACAAACUUCAUACCUUAAUUGAAAAGUUCUUCGAUCGCAGUCUCCAGAGUCCUUUCUCAAAGCUAAGCAUGUCUCUUUCAGUUGGACUGUUUUGUACUUCAAACAUCGGAGUUCGGCUGGAUGAUCGUGCCUAUACCGCUUAUCCUGAAAUAAAGAAUUAUAUAAACCGAUUAUAUCCAAAACUCGAAGUUUUACUGACAGAGACUGACUUCAAUAGUCCUCGUUAUAUCAAGUUAACUCGUGCGUUAAAGGUAUUUUGCUCAUACAUAAGUAUGGGUUUACAUCCUCGGUUUUAUAGUGAUGUAGAUGCAAGUUGGUACAAGCUUUAUCCAAUCAUGGCUCAUAUGGAAAAUUCUCCUGAUCCAAGCGACAGUUUUCAGGACGACUGCGGAUCAGCGAACGGAAGACUUGCUGCAGCGAUGGUUAAACCUGAAAUCAUACCCAGGGUUCUCGAGGUCUUCGAACAAGUAAAUAAAAGUAUCUCUUGGACAACUAGAGUUAAAAAUAUAUUGUUUCUCCAAGUCUUUUUAUCAAACAAUUUGCCAUCAUUCUUGAAAAACCCAUUGUGGAUAUCAAACUGUCGAAAAAUCGUCAUGACUUUAAUUCAAGAUGAUCAGAUUCAGGUCAGAGAGCAAGCAGCCAAAUUAUUAAAUGGCAUGUUACACUAUACUUUAUUGACUGAUACAAAAGAACUUUUGGAUGAAUUUAAAAAAUUAGGAGAAACUAAAUUACCUAGUAAUAAAAGACCUUCAACUGCUGAGAAAACGAAAAAUGCAAUUAAAUUACGGCAUGCUGGAAUAUUGGGCAUGUGUGCUUUUAUUGACGCGCAUCCUUACGAUUUACCUGAAGAUUUUGAAGUGAUUUUCAAAGAACUAAAAGCACACCUUAACGAUCCUCAUCCAAUCUCGAAAACAAUAAAGAAGACAAUGAGUGAUUUUAAAAGGACACAUUGUGAUGGAUGGACAGGUUAUAAAAAAUUAUACGCGAUGUUAAACGAAGAACAAAAAAAGCUAAUUCUUACUGAUUUAGCUGCAUCACCUUCUUAUUUUGCAUAGAGAAUACAUUUAAUUAAAAAAAAAAAGUUUAAGGUGCUAGUAAUAUAUAGGUAAAUUGUUUAUAACUACUAUAUUAAGAUUAUGUAGUUUUCAAUAUUUUAAUAUGGAAUCAAUUUUUUCAAAACAAAAAUAACUUGGGGUGAG